AGACUUGAAACUGUCAGUUUUACAGACACACUGGCUAAUAGUCACCUACCAUCGCCUUUUUUAUUGGAGUCCGAUUCGUCACCGGAGUCGGACUCCAAAGUAUUGUCCGAAGAUGAAGAUGAAGAAGGACAACUAUAUCAAUUGAUUUAUGACAUGAACACCAAAGAAGACAAGGAGGAAAAAGAAAAGGUUCAAGUCUCACCCAGCUCUGGGCCCACACCUGUGCAUCUGACAAUGAAUGCUGAAGGGGCUAACUCAGAACACAAGGCAACACAUAACACAACACGAGCACAAAGACAGGACGACCAGGAAGUUGAUAAUACAAAGGGGCCAGAUGUGAAUAAAGUGAACCGUGUAAGGGAGGUGAAUGCAGACGAAAAGCCAUGGAGGAAAGCUGGUGCUAACAUCUCAGAUUAUUUUAACUAUGGUUUUGAUGAAGAAAGCUGGAGCACGUACUGUAAAAAACAGUCGAAACUCCGUUCAGCUAACAGAAAACUGUGCACUGAAAUCACGGUCCAGAAGGGGCACACUAGACAUGAAUCUUGCUCUGCUCAUCCCCCCUCAGGCAGCCCAUCUAUACCACCUUCCAGACAGUCAAGUGUUGCCAGAGAUGUAACUUAUGGACAAGAUGGGCCCAGCAGAGGAGUGGAAAAGUGUCACAGUGUUGAAGGAAGCAGUACUCAGGUGGCUGAGGUAUCAAAGGCCUUGCUUGGUUAG